UCCUCUCUCUUUCCCCCGUCAUACACGACCUCCGUCUCCUCCCAUGGAUUCCUCCUCCCUCGCCGCCAACCUCCUUUCCUUCUAUCCAAACCCCACCCCUUCUCUUCUCCUGCCUUCCAAGAGAUUCUUCAUCCCUUCCCGACCUCUCUUUCUUCCGCUCCGUUCCAUCCAUGGCCUCAGCCCCUCCCUCUCCCUCUCCUCCUCCGCCGUCACCCGUGAAACCCCCUUCGCCCUCUCCGACCCCCGUUUAAAGCUCCUCCGACUCGCUGCCGAGUUUCGCUCUCUUCCUGAACCCGUCGACCGAGUCAAGCGCCUCCUCCACUACGCCUCCGAUCUCCCGCCCUUCGAUGAUGAUGCUCGCACCCCUGGCAAUCGUGUCAUGGGAUGCACCGCCCAGGUAUGGGCCUCUGCUUCGAUUGACGCGUCUGGUCGUAUGCGGUUCGCUGCUGACUCUGACUCGGAGAUCACCCGGGGGUUUUGCUCUUGUUUGAUUGAGGUUCUCGAUGGGGCCUUGCCAGAGGAGGUGCUGGAGAUGCGUUCGGAGGAUCUUGGGGAUCUGAACGUUGUUGGGUUGCCGGGGAGGGCGAACUCGAGGGUGAAUACGUGGCAUAAUGUGUUGAUCAGUAUGCAGAAGAAGACGAAGGCGCUUGUGGCGGAGGCGGAUGGAAGAGUCAGCGCAGAGCCGUUUCCUUCUCUGGUGAUUGGCCCAGAUGGGAUUCAUGCCAAGGGGAGCUAUGCGGAAGCCCAGGCAAUGUUUUUGGCCCCCAACGAGUCAAAGGUUGAGGAACUAGUGAAUGUGCUAAGGGAGAAGAAAAUCGGUGUUGUUGCACACUUUUAUAUGGAUCCAGAAGUUCAAGGAAUUCUUACUGCUGCACAAAAGCACUGGCCUCACAUCUACAUAUCUGAUUCCUUGGUCAUGGCAGAUACAGCUGUCAAGAUGGCACAAGCUGGAUGUCAAUACAUUACAGUACUUGGUGUGGAUUUUAUGUCAGAAAAUGUAAGAGCCAUACUUGAUCAGGCUGGUUUUGAAAAGGUUGGUGUUUACAGGAUGUCUAAUGAGCAAAUUGGUUGUUCAUUGGCAGAUGCUGCCGCUAGUCCACAAUACAUGCGUUUUCUUGAGGCAGCUUCUAAUUCUCCCCCUUGUUUGCACGUGAUAUAUAUAAACACUUCCUUGGAGACUAAAGCUCAUGGACAUGAACUUGUGCCAACCAUCACUUGCACUUCUUCUAAUGUCGUGCAAACCAUUUUGCAGGCAUUUUCCCAGAUACCAGGAUUACACGUAUGGUAUGGCCCAGAUUCAUAUAUGGGGGCCAAUAUUGCAGAGCUAUUCCGCCAAAUGGCUUGCAUGUCAAAUGAAGAGAUCACAGAGAUACAUCCACAGCAUGAUAGGAGCUCCAUAAGGUCAUUAUUGGCCCGCCUACAUUAUUAUCAGGAUGGUACCUGCAUUGUGCACCACUUAUUUGGGCAUGAAGUUGUUGAGAAGAUAAAAGAACUAUACUGUGAUGCAUUCCUGACAGCUCACUUCGAAGUUCCAGGAGAAAUGUUUUCUCUGGCUAUGGAAGCUAAAAGCAGAGGGAUGGGCGUUGUGGGUUCCACUCAAAAUAUUUUAGAUUUUAUUCAACUUCGGGUCCGGGAAUCAUUGGAAAGAAACGUGGAUGACCACCUUCAGUUUGUUUUAGGAACUGAAUCAGGGAUGAUUACUUCCAUUGUGGCAGCAGUUCGUAAAUUGCUGGAUUCUGGUCCAUCCUCUGGAAGAGCAAGAAUCAACGUUGAGAUUGUGUUUCCAGUCUCGAGCAAUUCAGUGUCAAAGAGAUCUAUAAGUGACUCACAAGAUCUAGAGGCUACCAUUGCUGGUGAUCUCGCCAAGCUUGCUGUUGUUCCUGGUGUGUCUGCUGGUGAAGGAUGUUCUAUCCAUGGGGGUUGUGCUUCUUGUCCGUAUAUGAAGAUGAACUCGCUUAGGUCGCUGCUUUGGGUAUGCAAUGAACUCCCUGACAAAGACAAUUCACUUCUAGCCUACCAAGCAACCAGAUUAAAUGUCAAAACCCCUCUUGGAAAUUCUGUUGCUGAAGUUGGGUGUGAGCCAAUUUUGCACAUGCGACACUUUCAGGCAACAAAAAAGCUUCCAGAAAAGCUUGUGAAUCAGAUACUCAAUGUCACUGGAGGUGGUACAUCAGUGUUGGAAAAACCCUAAUCCAAGUUUGGUGCGUUAUUGGUGAAUGAUAAGCUGAGGUUUAGAUUCAGGGCAUUUGCCCAUGCAUGACGAUUUAAGAGAUGAUGCAGCUGGUGCAGGGAAUGCUUAAGAUACUUUUCCGUGAUCCAGGCUUACAUAAUUUUUCUUCUCUAUCUUAGAAAAUUUAAUCUUUUAUUGAAUUGUUUUCUCAGUAUUGUUAUGAGAAAACCUACAUAUGUUGUCCUGGGUAUGUUGUCCUGGGAAUUUCUAUAGAAUUUUGAUUAUCUUCUCAUAUUUUUAUUCUUUUUAUUUCUUUUCGUUAAUAUCAUUCAGGUUGUUUACAGGUAACUUCUCUUAAGCAUCACCUAUAGCAGUGUAUUUAAGAACAAAGGCUCGCAUUGUCAUCUAACUGGAAACCAUCAUUUGGUUUAUAGAUAUUUUCUGUGGCUCUUUA